AUGCGCCGCUCGAUCUUUUGCAUCGUUUCAAGGAGACUACACGUUACCAAAUCAUGUUCAUUCCCUACAGAUACUGGUCUUAACCACAGAUCGCGAUUUUCUACCGCGUUAACCCAUCGCCCUCUUUAUAAGCACAUCGAUGAUGUCGAAAGCCUCGACUACUAUCGGCCAGGAGGCUAUCACCCGAUUCAGAUCGGCGACGUAUUUUGCGCCCGGUAUCGCAUUGUGCACAAGCUCGGCUACGGCAGCUACUCGACCAUCUGGCUAGCUAGGGACGAGAACAAGGCCCGUUAUGUCGCUAUCAAAGUAGGCAUAGCUGAAUGUGACUUGAAAGACGGCGAAGUGCUUGGUCAAAUUUCUGCCUCUGCAGUCAAAGAUGUAGUAUUUGGCAGCAACCUGAUCCCCUUGGUACUGGAUCGCUUCAGCAUUGACGGGCCGAACGGGACACACCCAUGCCUCGUCACUGCGCCGGCAGGGUGUAGUCUUGUUGAUUCAUUGCAGGCCGCGGACAGUAGUCCCUUCCAACUCAAUGUCGCCAGGUCUAUGGCGGCCCAGCUCGCAAUGGCGAUCUCACAUGUCCAUGAGAAACGCUACGUUCACGGGGAUCUUCAUAUGGGAAACAUACUUCUCAGGUUACCGAACUAUGACAGCCUUUCGCCCGAGCAACUCUACGACAAGUUCGAUGCGCCGGAACCCGAGGCUGUCAUCAGGGCCGACAAUCAGCCGAUAUCGUCACCAAAUAUCCCUACCUACGUCUAUGCCCCAACGUGGCUCGGGAGACCGAGUGACGAGAUCGCCCUCGAUGAGGCCAAGAUCAUGCUCACCGACUUCGGCACGGCAUUUCAGCCCGCACUGGAAGAGAGGUUCGAUUCGUACACACCUCUCCAGAUGCGACCUCCUGAAAUUCGAUUCGAACCGACAAAGUCUUUAUCAUAUGCAUCUGACGUCUGGAGUCUUGGAUGUGCGAUCUGGGCGGUUCUUGGAGUAAAGUCGCUUCUUGAUAGCUGGUUAAUCGGGCUGGAUGACGCCACGAUAGACCAGAUUGAUUUUCUUGGACCGCUCCCAGACGAGUGGUGGGAGGCGUGGGAGCGGAGGGAGAGAGCUUUCAUCAGCAAUGGAGUACCUAAGGAGGGGAGGGAAGUUCGGACUCUCGAUCAACGGUUUCAAGAUGCGAUCCAGGCGCCAAGGCAAAGAAGAGGAAUGCAGGGGAUGGAUGAAGAAGAGAGGGAUGCUCUCCUACAGAUGAUAAGGGACAUGCUUGUUUUCAGACCGGGCGAUCGCCCGAGUGCACGCCAAGUCCUGCAGACGGAGUGGAUGAGGAAGUGGGCAAUCCCUGAAGCUGAGAAGACAUGGGGGCGAAGGUUCCCCUAA